UUGUUGUGGAAUUGUUUUCAUUACUGCACUUGAGCACUGCCAAUCAUGAUUUUUUUAUCUUAAAAAUUGACGUCAACGAUUACAGUACUUAUAGUUGAAUUCAAAUGAACAUUGAAAAAGCAUCUGUCCCUCCAUAGUAACAUUUUAUCUGGAACUUUUUCUGCAGCUGUUGUCAGAUAAACUAUCUUCCCUCACAAAAUGGCUGAAAAUUCGGCAGGAAUGCAAAGAACUGUCGACCAAAACCAAAUUUAUUCGAAUCUUGUUGAUAUGUUUGAUGGAUUUGUUCCUGUAAGCAAAAUUCAGAAAAUCGUAGAACAAAACAACUACAAUUUGGAUCAAUCACUGGUGGCCUUAUUACAACUGUCAGAAUCUGUUAGUAAAAGCACCACAGCUUCAGAAAGGCAAGGAAAAAAGAGCUCAUCUGAUAAUUUGAAAACUCCCUCAGAUAAUAACUCAAACGGUACAAAUCCUUUUGGUAAAUCAUUUCCACCUCCUGACAGGAAAACAGAAGCAAUGAAUGAUUACAAAGUAGCAAAGCAGAAAGAAAAGAUGGACUAUCCAAGAGUUCAAAUGGCAUAUCAGAUGCCAUCUCAAAGGAACGCAGGGUACUCUGAUUAUCAAAAGAACACACAUUUCUAUCAAGGCUCUCCUUUACAAUAUAAAUCUACCCAGCAAUUUGAACAGUCUCCUCAUAGCAGAUACAAUCGCAGCUCUUACUCUUAUUCUGUAAGGAAUCCAAAACAAGGAGCCCCCAUAGUUCAAUCGAGCAGUAUCAAUUCGCAAACGACGAGUAAUUCUAGUGCUUCUUGUCCAUCUAGUCCAGCUCGCUCAUACUCUAAUUUAGAUUCUCCAAAAAGCAGUCCAAGAGAGAUUGAAAUGGCAAAAACUUAUGACAAGGUAUAUAAAAUUGUCAAUGAUGGGUAUAAAAUUAUGGUUCUCAUGCGUGGCUGUCCAGGGAGUGGGAAAUCACAUGCCGCUCAUGAAAUAAUUCAAACUUUGUAUGGCAAAGUAGAAAAUCCAAAAAAAUACAUUUUUAGUGCCGAUGAUUUUUUUAUUAAUGCGAAUGGUGUAUAUAAUUUUAACCCUGAAAAUCUUGGCCAGGCUCAUCAGACAACUCAAGCAAAAGUUUUAAACGCUCUGAAGGCAGGAAUAACACCAGUAAUUAUUGAUAACACAAACACACAAACAUGGGAGAUGAAAAUUUAUGCUUCGAUGGCAAUUUCAUGGGGUUACUACCUAGAAGUCCUAGAACCCCUCACAAGGUGGAAAUGGGAUGCAAAAAUGCUCACGCGAAAAAGCACCCACAACAUCCCAUUGUUCAAAGUAAGAGACAUGCUGGAGAGGUAUGAACGGGACAUAACAGGCGAAAAAUUACUGGAGCUAACCUCAGCCUCGUACCCUCCUCUUUUAACCCCACCUCAGCUUGCAUCUAAUACAACCAAGAAGAAAUUUUAUGACUCUUUGAAUGCCAGCAAUAAAUUUACCAAGGUAGAAAAAGUUGAGAAAGCUGUGAAUCAAAACAUAGCCAGUGUAAUGCAGUCGUUUUUACAGAAUAAGCCAUGCAAAUCUAGACAAGAAAAUCGUCCUUCAAUUGAGCAACAAGAAGAAUAUCCCUCAUGCAAUUCCUCUACGGUAGAUACCAAAAGCUCUGUUUCCAAUCAGACUGUUGUUCGGAACUCCACAGAAAUAUUGAGUUCAUCAAGUAAGCAGUUUUCCGGAUCCGGAGACCACUUGUCUAAAUCCGCGUCUCAAACGCAUAUGUGUGAAAAUCAGAUCAUACCUUCUGAGGAAAAAGAAAAGAAGCCUAGGAAACUACGUACUAGGAGAAGAAAGAAAAACUCUACCAAUCCUGAUUUUUCCAAUGAUUAUGUGUUAGUUACAAACGGCCAGCUUAUCUAUCAAAGGGAUUAUUCAAUUUAUGCAGAUACAUGUGCAGUGAGUGAUGGUAAAACUAUUGAAACUACCUCAGUUGGUCUGAAAAAUACAGAAAGCUCAAGCUUUCCUGAAGUUUUGAGCCAAAGCUCAAAGGGAAGAAUUAUACCCACUGCAGAGGUAUGCGAUCAUCAGUCGCCAUCGAGUUUAAUAAAACCUAAACAGAAUAGUUUUCACUCCAGUUCAAGCACGUUAACCAGUCUUGUCGCGUACAGUAGUAGUGACUCCUCAGAGUCUGAAGAAGAUCUAGCUCAGCCAGACAAUGUAAGCUGUUUGAUUGAUAAUGCAAGCUCAUCGGAGGUCCUUCAAAAAGUCGAUCCAUACACUAAAGAAGAGCGAGAUCUUAUCACUGGCGGGAAAGAAAGUAAUAAUACUGGCCAUGAAUCUGUGACACCUUUUGAUGGAACAGAGGUGCUCAGUGAUUUGAACGAUGAUAUUGAUUUUCUUCAAACAUGGGAAGCAAACAACAAAGAUGAAGGUAUCGAAGAGGGUGACAAUGAGUAUCAUCCGAAACCUCCUAGAAAACAGUUUAAUCUGACUUCUUUUUCCAACAUCCAUGAUGGUAACCCUCCUCAGGAACAAACAUCAAAUGACGACAAUCAUCAAACAUCAAGAAUUGAUGGUUCAGACUGGAAUGCGGAAGCUGAUCUUCAAGCAGUCCUUAAUAGCUGGGGAGAAAAUUCGGAAGUUUCUGCUGAAAAAAUGGUAGAGAAGUUUCUAAAGAGCUUGAAUGAACCUACAACUAAUAUUGUAUCAUUCCCUGAAAUUAAAAAUACCGAUACUCAUGAUGCAUCCACUUCAACAGACUAUGAACAAGUUCUUUCUGCCUUACAAGGUGACACAUCUGGUUGUCUUAUUCUACAGUGUUGCAAUAGAGAUAUCAACGCAGGUGUGGAGCCUAAGGGAAAAGUAGAACUGCAACAGCGCUUACAUCUAGAUAAGGGAUCAAUGACAGAGGACUGUAUUCCAAUUGUUCAAUCCUCGAGUGUUGAUAUCACUGACUUGAGUAAAGUAUUUGCCCCAGAAGUUUGCGAAUCAAUAAUAGGACUCAUCGAUUAUUGUGAUGGUGACAUCAAUGAAGUGAUCAGUUCUUUAAUAGAUAGUGGUCAUGAAAUUUUACCGGAGCAGUUUGAAAUCCUCGCCUCAAUCCCGAAAAACUGUCUCAAUAUUUCAUCAAAUGAAAAGCUGGAGGUGUCGACCAAGAAAGAAACUAAAAUUCUUAAAGUGGCUACUGAGCUGCCGAAACAAAAGGUGAAGCAAACACCCACAAAAGCCCAGCUAAAACUGAAGGAAGAAUUUGAAUCUAAAAUAAAAAUUAAUCCAAGCUCAUAUCCCAAGUUUACGCAACAGUUAAAAAGACAGAGAGAGCAACAGCAGGAAUUCCCGAGUAUUUCAGAAAGCAUGAAGGGCCCUGUUCCAGAUGAGUCUCUGGUUUUUGUUUUGGACAAAAAUUUUGUUGAUCAGCUUCAACAGAAAUUUGGACGCAUUAACUUGCCGUCCAAGAAAGAUUGGAAUCCUGUAGUGCACAUUCCGUCCUCCCUAGCUUUUCAAUUGUAUGGUUGUGUUCUCGCAGCUGUUGAGGAAAAUACUUCUAAAGAGGAACUUCUCAUGCAAGAAAUUAUUGCCUCAGAUCAAAAGUUGGCAAAGCAGAUGCAAGACUCUGAGAUUGAUCAACGGCGUUCAACUGAGCUUGUAGACAUCAUGGAUAUGAAACUAGCUUUGCAACUCUACAAUGCAGACCUUAAAGUCAUGAAAGUCCGUAAUCCAGAAGAAACUGUAGCGAAUGCUCUUUCAAGGAGACUAUUGUUCGAAAUGUUUCCACACUUAGAUAAAGACACAUUAACUGCCACAUUCCAGAUGAAUAACUGUUCAUUCCAUGAUACAAUUCAAGUGAUCUUGGGCAAAUUUCAAGAUGAAGCAGAACUUCCCCCAAAUCUAGCUGUGCAGAAACAAACUAUGUGUGUAGGCUCUCCAUCUCCACAGCUGGAAGCUGAAGUGCCAAUCAGGGACAAUUUGAACACCAUGGAUGAUCUCCAAGAAUCGCAAUCAUAUCACUACCAUAUGCGUACGAAAUGUUUCAACCAAGCCAGGGAUGCAUAUAAUUCAGGAAAGUCACAAGUCGCGUCAUACUUCUCUCAACUAGCCUUCCUUCACAAACAGAAAAUGGAAAAAGCAAGCUCACAAAUCAUCAGGCUGGAAAUCGAUGGCAAUUCAUCUGAUACCUUGGAUCUGCAUUUCUUCACCACCAAAGAUGCCUUGUUAGCUCUAGAUAUCUUCCUUGACAAUCAUAUACAAGACCUAAGGUCUCGAAAUGUAACCUCUAAAAUUUUUUACCUCAUCACGGGGCGAGGAACUCACAGCGCAGGUGGAGUUCCUAAAGUUAAACCUGCUGUGAUCAAGCGUCUACAAAAAAGGAACAUCGGGUACAAGUUCGUAGAAUCUAAUCCAGGGCUCUUGAGUGUCUCAGUCCACAAAAAUUUAAAACUUAGUUCUCACUUUCAAGAUGAACCAUAGUGAACAAAGCGUUUUUAUCCCUCUUGCUGAAGCAAAGUAACAUCCGGAAUUAAAGCCGCGUCUCUUGAUCUCUAGGAAGUGAGUGCACCACUCAUAUUAACGCAUUUAAAAACUUAAAGAACAGAUUGCAUAUUGCAAGGUGCAAUAUGUUCUUUGAGCAGAUAUGUUCUUUCUUAAAUGUUCAAAUGUAGAUGUACUUAUUUUUAAAAAAAGUGACCAAAUGAUAAGUCAGAGAUCAUAAAGUGGAUACUAAUCUGGAACAGGCUUUAGCUGUAUCGUUGAGGGACUGAAAAUUUAGAAUAUAACUUUUUAGCAAAUUAUACAUGAUUUUAGUAUCAACGAAUAAUUUAUGAUUGGAGGUAUAGCUCAAUCCCAAAAACAUUUCAUUCAGUCUCUCUUUUAGGAUAUUUGUUAAUUUUAAAGACUAAAAGUGCUGUGAUGUUCUAAUUUUAAUUGUUGAAUUUGUGCUUGUUUUACUAAAUUUUCUAUCUUUUUCAUAAAAAUUAGUUUUUAAGAAUUUAUGUUGUUAGUGUAUCUUCUUGUCCAAAAUUCACAUAUGAGUUUUCCUUUUUCUGCUUGAACCACCCAAUAAAGUUCAGCCUCUGAACCUGAAUAUUGAAAGUGAUCUGUAGGAAUAAGUAUUUCAUUUGCGGUGUUUCAAAGUUUCAGCUUUUAUUUUAUGGAAGGAAAAUAUAACAACGCUUUUUCUUGAAAUUUUCUUAGAUUAUUCUUUGCUUUAAGGAGAAAAAUUAGAAAAGUUUUCAAGAAACAAUGUGGAUUAUUUUUCUAUUUAAAGAACAAAGUAUGACAGGAAGUCUGCAACAUCACAAACUGAGAUGUGCAUUCUUGCAGUUUCUUUGUCGAUAUAUGCUUCAAGUCAAAAUUUAGUCAUUCUUAAUCAUCAAAGAUUUUAAUUGUAUAAUGGGAAGGCAAUUGGGUUGUUCAAGAGAUGGUCCGAAUCCAUAUUUACAGGGCAGCUUAAAUCACAAUUAAUGUAUCGAAUCAAUUCUCUGUCCUUUUUUAAAAAUGUAUGGUGGAUGAAUGUUUGUGUGUACCAUGUUAGUCAUGAUCAUUCUGUUAUAUGUAAACCAACCUCUUUUCAUGGAUGGUCAGUAAGCGGAUUGUUAAAAUUUACCAGUUAAAAGGAGGCUUGCCACUAGAGUAGGCUGAAGUCAAAUCUUCCAUUCAAAUGAUUCUCUUCAUUUCUCAAAUAUGUAGCACAAACUUCUUACAAAUUGUUAGGACUUUGCCAUUACUGUCUAAUCAGUGUUAAUUUUAGUCCAGUAGAGAUUACCGCUUGACUCAACCAAAUUAGUGAUGUUGCCUGAUUCCAGUUCAAUUUCAUCUUGACUUUCAAUUUUAAACAAAUUUCGCUGAUAAGCCUCCAGAUUAAAAAAUGUCCUAAACGGCAGGUUUGCUUCAUUGACUGAGAACUACCACCAUGCUCUACCAUAUUACCACUAUUCUGCCAUGUAAUUUUAAGUUAGUUAAUAGCUCUUGUGUCAUUUUUUGUUUUAUAUCGGCUAGUGAGUUUUAUAGGGGUUCUUGUAAAGAAAUAUAUAUCGAUGACUAAAGUUGAAAAAUGCAAAUCUACAUCGCAACUUUUAGAAAUCUCCGAUUAUGUUCGAUUCUCUUUUUCCAGGAAACUUUACCUAAAUAUCCUCUUAAAAUUUUCUGUGAAUAUAUUUGAAUGAGUAAAGAAAAUGCACAGAAAAUUCAUAAACAAAUUAUGACUGGUUUUCCUUUGAAAUAAAUAAGAGAUAAUCGGACGUUUGUAGCAUUUCAGUUGGAUAAUUAUAGCUGGAUUUAUAUUAAUUCCAAAGCCAUGGAUGGAAAGUACAUCAGAUUUAUUAAAAGAGCGUUUCCUGAGAAACGCUCAUUUUUUACAUUUUCCCCCCUGGUUUGCAAGUAUCACUUCCUCCAUUCACCUACUUCUUGUCAUUGCGUGUCCAAAACGUUGCAAUCGCAAAGUUUUAGAUCCUCAAAUCUUACUAUUGUAUCAGUUUUUUUAGGUAGGUGAAGAAAAAAAGUGUAACCUGUGAACCAGUGGGCCAAAUUUAUGAAAAUCUGGAGAUUAUUUUAGAAAGCUGAGAGCAUUAGCAGCCCUUUUUAUUGAUUGGAUCAAUUCACAUUGGUUACGGAGGUAAUACAACUGAAACAAGAGGUGUGAGAAAUAUUCGAAGUUUUAGACAUGCUGUGACGAUUGGAUUAGCAUUCCAUCAAUUCAAUGAUUUCCACUUAGUAACAGUGAAUUAUUACUUUUGAAGGGACAAUGCAGGGCUAUUUGCAUCUUGAGUAUCUUUUAAAAAAUAGGGGUUUUAUGAAAAAAAAUGGUAGUGUAUUGCUGAUUAAAGUUAUUAAGUUGGGAUAUUUCAAUCUUUCUGUGCCUUUGGAACUUUUUUACCUCAGUAACUUUGAUUGAUGUGAGGAUAGGAGGAAAUGGGUUUUGUGUGCUGGCCCAUCCUCAUUUGGAAAGUUUCGAGUUUUCCCCAUCUUUCUGUGAGCUCAAAUAUCUCUCGUGUUCAUUAAUAGUUUUGAUGAAUUUACCUUUGUUAUUUUAUUUUUAAGUAUUCGUAAGUUACCUCUAGUAUAAGAAAGUAAUUUGUAUCAUUGUGUUAUCAAUUUUCUUGUUCCAUCCAUCUUUUAUGAAGUUUAUUUAAUUAAAAAUGUAUAACAAAAUGAAA